AUGCAGUUCAUGUCGCGGAUGCUCCUGUUGCGGGCCCCGCCACUGCGUGGCAUGGCCUUGCGCACGUACUCGUCGGUCCCUCCAACACAGACGCCGACGCCGACGCCGCCCAUGACGCCGCCAUCGCGACCACAGCCAGUUCCUCCGCAACCGCAGCCGCUGCCAUCGCACCAAGCGGCCCCUCCGCCUCCACCCCCACCAAAGUCCAAGCAUGCCCUGCUGUACUCGGACAUUUUCCCGCCCAUGUUCCGCGUGCUGGCGUACAGUACGGCGACAUACUUUGCGCUGCACCUUGCUUGGACGUACCUCCGCAACGAGGAGGAGGCACGGGCGCAAGACGCGGAGAUCACCGAGUUGCGGGAAGCCAUCCGCACUGCGCGCAGUGUGUAA